AUGGAGACUAUAUCGCGGAUAUCCUCGAUGCUGGAAACAGCUCGAGAGCUCACCCUAGAAGCCGCCCAGUCCGCUGCGAGUAACCGAAGCUCCAAACCAGACUAUUCGUCGCGCACCUAUAGCGUUCCCCAUAUCAAAAAGCUUCUGGAUAGUCGCCACGAGAAGGAAACUCUGGAUGGGCUGCGGAGGGUCAUUUCGUUGAUGUAUCGCUCCGAACCUUCCCUUGAUUUCUUCUCGGCCGUCGUUAAAAAUGCCGCGAGUGCCAACCUUGAGAUUAAGAAGUUGGUUUACAUUUAUCUGGUUCACCAUGCGGAGGCCGAGCCGGACCUAGCGCUGCUGUCCAUCAAUGCUAUCCAGAAAUCAUUGACUGAUCAGAACCCUCAUGUGCGAGUGAUGGCGUUGCGGACCAUGUCCGGCAUUCGAGUGCCCGUGAUCAGCCAGAUCGUCUCAUUAGCAAUCAAGAGAGGAUGUGGUGACAUGAGCCCGCAUGUUCGCAAGGCUGCUGCGUUGGCCAUUCCCAAGUGCUAUCGUCUGGACCCGAGUACGCUGCCCCAAUUGACUGGGUAUAUUUCGACCCUUCUUGGUGAUUCUCAAUACUUUGUCGUGGGUCCCGCAGUUUCUGCAUUCCUGGAAGUCUGCCCGGAAGAGAUCGAUCUGGUUCAUAAGCACUACCGCAGCCUCGUCAAGAAGCUAGUCGACAUGGACGAAUGGGGUCAGCUGGCAACUCUUCGUCUGUUGACUUUCUAUGCGCGCAAGUGUUUCCCUCGUCGGACUCAAAAGGUAAAACAGAAACAGGCGGAUUCGAAACCCUUUUACGACGACGAACCGGAAGACCAAAUCGCCCAAGCCCAAGAUGAAGUCGGGGAGCAAGAAGUUCUAGUUGUCGAUCCUGAUCUUGAAAUGCUUUUCCGCGCAUGCAAGGUGUUGCUGCAGAACCGUAACUCGGCUGUUAUCGUCAGCGUUGUCCGCUGUUUCCUUUACCUUGCGCCCCAAGAGUACUUGGUCUCAGCCGUCGGUCCCCUGGUGGCUCUUCUUCGAAGCCCGCAAGACAUGCAGCUUAUUGCUCUCUACAACAUUGUUGCUGUUGCCCUCAGGCUUCCCAAGCCAUUCACAAGAUAUAUUGCCCAUUUUCUCAUUCACGCCAACGAUCCGCCGCAUAUCUGGCGCUUGAAGCUGGAGGUUUUGACGAUCAUCUUUCCUCACUGUGGAAAACAUUGGAAAAGUGUCGUCAUCAGUGAGCUUGAGCAUUUUUCCAAGGGUACAGACCCAGAAUUGGUUCGAGAGAGUGUACGGGCCAUUGGUCGCUGCGCGCAAGCAGAUACCACCAUGGCGGGACUGUGUCUACGGAUUUUACUUGGGCAAAUCUCUAGUCUGGACGGAAACCUCGUGUCUGAGUCCCUGACUGUCAUCCGCCACCUCAUCCAGCAGGACCCGGCCUCGCAUCGCCAGACUGUUAUUCGGUUGGUCACGUACCUUGGCAACACUACCAAUCCUGAUGCCCGAGCUAGUAUUAUUUGGCUCGUGGGUGAGUUUGCGGGUGCAGAGAAAAACCAAAACAUUGCGCCCGACGUUCUCCGCAUUCUGAUCCAGGGUUUCGCCGAUGAACCGGAAGUUGUCAAGCAGCAGAUCGUCCUUCUUGGCGCCAAAGUGUAUCUGCACCAUCUACUUCAGAAUCCUCCCGAGGGGAAAACGGAACCUACAUCUUCCUCGCCUUCGCAAGGAUCUACGAGUCUCGAAAAUGAAAUCCGCAAUGAAUGGACUGAGGAUCGAGCCGAAGGAGACAAAAGCGUCGACCAGGCCCUUCAAGUGCAAGAAAAUGAUCAAGGAGAAAUUGAAGCCAAAGAAAAUGGUGAAGAUCGUAUCACUCUGCUUUGGCGAUAUAUUCUCCUCCUUGCCCGUUACGAUACCUCUUACGACCUCCGUGACCGUGCUCGCCUUUACAAGGCCCUCCUUGCUAGUCCUUCUUCCACCCAACUAGCUAACUUGCUCCUUCUGGCACCCAAGCCCGUCCCCCAUGCCCCCAGCCCCUCAGAAACUCGCAAGGAUCUACUUAUCGGAACCGCAACACUGGUCGUUGGAUCCGAGGCCGGAUACCAUGGUCUUCGAGGCUAUACCAACCUCCCAGGCUGGGUUGAGCCUGGCAACGAGCCCGAUCCAAGCCUACGGGUCGAGGAUGUCAAGGCAGAAGAACCUACUACAUUGGAAGCUUCGAUGACCGCUGGCCAGAAGCUGGACAAAGCGCUUCGCGAACACCAGGCCACAGCCCCGCAGCGCAGACAUAAGGGUUCACCUGCACUUGGGGGGACAGUCGGGAAGAAGAACUUGGAUCAGUGGCUUGAUGAGGAAGAGGAAGAAACAGAGUCCGGAUCGGAAACCGACUCAGAGGACGAGGCCGAUUCAGAGGAGGAAACCGACUCCGAAGAGGAAGAGACAGAUUCCGAAGAGGAGGAGGAUGAGGAGGAAACCGAUUCGGAGACUGAGGCUGUUCACAAAGAAGAGCAGAAGUUGCUUUAA